AUGGAUAGACUAAGAAGUGUAUCGAAAACAAAGGACUGCUGUUCCUGUCUGUCACUCAACGACCAAACAAUCUCUCUCUUCACUGUUCAGACGCAUCGCUGCAAAGAUUGUCUUCAAAACAUGAAUUCCAUUAUGGAAGAAAUCGGGGGUGUGGUUCACAAAUUCAUACCCUAUUACUAG